GUUGAUGAUCGAGACGCUCGAAGCUCUGAUCGGGGUGCGUUCCUGUAAAUGGCCUUCGACGAAAAGCAGUCAGCACGAACAGGCUUGCAUGCAGCAUGGAACGCUCGUAAAGUGUAUAACAGCUUACCGACAGCACCCAUCAAUGCUGAAACAAUGAUCAAGAAUGCUCGAGUAAGGUUCAAUCGCAAGUCGAUGCCAAGCCUUUACGCUGUCGGUGUCCAAGUCUUUGCAAAUUCCUUGGUCGCCGCGAGCCGCGGCGCGCUGGCGGCUUGGCAACGCCCAAACGCUCCACGUCUUGCUCCUCUUGGCCCUUGGCUUGAAUUCAGCGUCAUUCUUAUCAAAUUAAUUUGCUAUCGUACGGAGGUGAAGAAAAUGCCAAGUUCCGAUGAGAAUCGCUCGAUCCCACUGCUGAAUCAAAUUUCAUCAAUGGCGAAUGAGACGAGACAAAAUCACGACGUGUGGUCAAACAGUUCGCACUGCCUUACACUCUUCACAAGCAUAUAUAUAUAUGCAUGUUUGCCCUUCGAUAUCGAUAUGAAAUUUCAUCGAGGUUGCGCAUGACUGCUGCCUAUACCGGUACAUACAUAUAGCUCGUAUAUCAAGCGCAAGCUUC